AUGCGCGGCGGGCCAGCCGCGGCGGGCCCCGUGCCCGCGCACGGCCCAACAAACUCCACGGUGGCGUUGCGCGUCUCCCCGCGCGCGGGUGGCCGGCGGGAAGGGCGACGCCGUUCGAGUGGCCGCGAGGUUACGCCUCUAAAGAAGACGCGGGGCCGGCGUCGCGUAGGGCUGCGCGCGGCCGCGCCAGGACCGCGGGCAAGUCUUCUUCCGCGGCGCUCCUCCGCGCGUGUAUUGCCGUGGCGGCGGUUUGGAUGGGGCGCGUUUCGCGUGAGAGCGCGUGUGCCGGUCCAGCCCCUCGUUGUUGGGAAUGUCAUGUGGGCGGCGCGCCGUCAGCGCGGAUGGCUGUUUGACUUUUUUUUACUGGGAGAUUUUGGGUUGGGUCUUUUGGGUGAGGAGUUCCUUCCGAGGAAGUCGAAAUUUCUUCUUGCCGCGUCUCUGGCGCCGUGCUUUUGUUAUGGUUACUCUCUUCUCUUGUCGCUGGUGCGUUAG